AGUGGAUUGCAUCAGCAUUGGAAGUAUGAAGCGGACUCGUAAUAUCCGGGUGACGUACCGACACCGGCAAGUGACACGCUGUGGUUCAGUUCGGAAUUAGCCUUUUACCUAGCUUCCCACCAAACAUCGGUUUUCUCCCAAAGAACAACAUUAUCACUCUGAUAUCCUGUUCACUUUCGUCAUGGACGAAGAUAACGUUAUACAGCAAGUGGAAGGAUUGCGAGUAGAAGAUAACAAGGGUGGCGCAGGAGACAAAAAAGGUAAAGAUGGAGGAAAGAAGAAGAGUAAAGGAGGAGGAGAUCCUGUGGGUAAAUCUGAGUUGAACCCACCGCCCCAGUACAUCGAAGACCGUCUGUCCUUGUACAGCAAGCUGAAGGAAGAGCACGACGCCCUAUUAGCGGAGAGAGCGGCUAACGACAGCCAGCCAAUCAAAAUCACCCUUCCCGACGGGAAAGUGGUGGAUGGCGAGUCCUGGAGAACUACACCUUACCAGGUGGCCAGUGGGAUCAGUAAAGGUUUAGCAGACAACACCGUGAUCGCCAAGGUGAACAACGAAGUGUGGGACCUGGACCGUCCUCUGGAAGGAGACUGCAGCCUCCAGCUGCUCAAAUUUGAGGAUGAGGAGGCACAAGCGGUGUACUGGCACUCCAGCGCCCACAUCAUGGGCGAGGCCAUGGAGAGGGUCUACGGCGGCUGCCUGUGCUACGGGCCCCCCAUAGAGAGCGGCUUUUACUACGACAUGUACCUCGAAGAUGAGGGUGUGUCGAGCCAUGAUUUCCCAGCUCUGGAGAAUCUGUGUAAGAAGAUUAUAAAGGAGAAGCAGCCCUUCGAGAGGCUAGAGAUCAGGAAGGAGACCCUGCUGGAGAUGUUCAAGUACAACAAGUUCAAGUGCAGGAUUUUGAAUGAGAAAGUCAAGACUCCAACAACUACUGUUUACAGGUGUGGGCCUCUGAUUGAUCUCUGCAGGGGACCUCACGUUAGACACACUGGCAAGAUCAAGGCCUUGAAGGUGCACAAGAACUCUUCCACAUACUGGGAAGGCAAGGCUGACAUGGAGUCCCUACAGCGGAUUUACGGGAUCUCCUUCCCGGAUCCCAAGAUGCUGAAGGAAUGGGAGAAGUUCCAGGAGGAGGCUAAGAACCGGGACCACCGCAAACUGGGCAGAGAGCAGGACCUGUACUUCUUCCAUGACCUGAGUCCCGGGAGCUGCUUCUUCUUGCCCAAGGGGGCCUACAUCUACAACAGCCUGGUGCAGUUCAUCCGGAGCGAGUACAGGAAAAGGGGCUUCCAGGAGGUGGUGACCCCCAACAUUUACAACAGCAAGCUGUGGCAGACCUCGGGCCACUGGCAGCACUAUAGCGAGAACAUGUUCUCAUUCGAGUCGGAGAAGGAGACCUUCGCUCUCAAGCCUAUGAACUGCCCUGGACACUGCCUGAUGUUUGACCACCGGCCGCGGUCGUGGCGGGAGCUGCCCCUGCGGAUGGCCGACUUCGGCGUGCUUCACCGUAACGAGCUGUCGGGGGCCCUCACCGGACUCACCCGCGUACGCCGCUUCCAGCAGGACGACGCACACAUCUUCUGCACCAUGGACCAGAUCGGGGACGAGAUGAAAGGCUGCCUGGACUUCCUGCGCACCGUGUACGACGUGUUCGGGUUCAGCUUCAAGCUCAACCUCUCCACCCGGCCCGAGAAGUUCCUGGGAGAGCCCGAAGUGUGGGACCAAGCGGAGAAGCAACUGGAGAACAGCCUGAAUGAGUUUGGGGAGCAGUGGGUGCUCAACCCGGGGGACGGGGCUUUCUACGGACCAAAGAUCGACAUUCAGAUCAAGGAUGCGAUUGGGCGAUACCACCAAUGUGCCACCAUCCAGCUGGACUUCCAACUGCCAAUACGCUUCAAUCUCACCUUCGUCAGCCACGACGGUGAUGACAAGAAGAGGCCGGUGAUCAUUCACAGAGCCAUUCUGGGCUCUGUGGAGAGAAUGAUCGCCAUCCUGACCGAGAACUACGGCGGGAAAUGGCCGCUCUGGCUGUCUCCACGGCAGGUGAUGGUGGUGCCGGUGGGGCCCACCUGUGAAGAAUACGCCCAGCGGGUACAGCAGGAAUUCCACAGUAACGGCCUGAUGACCGAUGUAGACCUGGACCCAAGCUGCACUCUCAACAAGAAGAUCAGGAACGCACAGCUGGCUCAGUACAACUUCAUCCUGGUGGUCGGCGAGAAGGAGAAAGCCAGCGAGACCGUGAACGUGCGCACACGGGACAACAAGGUCCACGGUGAACGGAGCGUUAAGGACUGCUUGGAGCGCUUGCGCCACCUAAAGGACACGCGCUGCCGCAACGCCGAAGAGGAAUUCUGAGCCGGCGCCCUCCAGUUACCCCCGGCAACCAGUGCAGCAACCGUCCAAUCGCACACUGCACAAUACGCUUCCUUGCCUUAACUGCAUAUUAAUUUUUAAUUUUGCUUUAUUUAAACUCGGAGACGCAUUGAGAACGCAGGUGCCCUCUUUUACAGUACAAGUGUGCCGAAGGUACACAUACAUACGACAACAAUUUGAAAGGAAAAUGAGUAGUAAUAGGUCAAAUAAAUGAACAAUUGAGAUUCAAAAGGAAAGAUAAAAUAGUUUAAAAAUACACAUUUACAUUAAUUAGUUUCACAUAACAUUAGUUUCACUCUCAUGUAAUUAAAUUGUAUUUCCUGACCAGUACAUCUACGAAGGUACAAUAUUUCUUCCCAUGGUGAAUGCAAUCUUUUACUGCGUAGCUCUGUGUUUUUUCCUUCUGAAAUCACGAAGCUGUUGGUUAGCCUGUUUCUCGCAAUACUUUUGUCUCCCAUGUUUGACUGUCUGUGUUCCUGUUAUCACUGGUGGUAAAAUACUCAACUUCAGAAAUGGGCUAGACUUGUGGAACAGAACAAAAUCGUCAAAAAGGAAAAGAAUUGCAAUAAAGGAAUAUUCUUGCA